CCCAUCUGGCACAAUACGCAUCCAAAAACCAUGCCAUCAGCUACAUUGGACGCGCAGCUCAUGGCCGAGGCAGAGGAGCGCAUGGCUCUCCGCCGUGAAGAGCUCAAGAAGCUGUGUGUAGUGCGUGACCUCCGGAGCACAGACAAGAUCGAAAAGUGCUUUCAAAAAGCCCACCAGAUCUACCGGCAGUGCCAAGUGUAUGUAGUCGAGCGCGACUUUGACCACGCGUACAUCUUGCUCUUGCAGCUCGUCGAGUUGUACCAGAAAAAGAUGCCAUGUCAUCGAGAGUUCCACCUCGCCCGUUUUGAAAACGAGCGCAAGCGUCUGGACAAGGUACGCACCAAACCAUCCCAUCAUGUUUGGCUCCUUUCUGUAAUAAAAUCGAAAUAUAUAAUAAUAUAUUCAAAGAAGAUUUAGGUAGAUAAUACACGUAUGUCGUAUAUUUCAUAUAGUAGUAUGUUUCAAAGGCAUAUAUGGUAUUUAUAUGCUGGUACUGGGAUACCACACGCAACGUUAUUAGAAAUGUGGCGACGCACUCGCGCUGCUGGAUCGCAUUUUGAGCGGCAUGCUGGACGAAGAAGUCACACAGUUGCAACACGCACACGACGAAGACGAGCACAUUCUGACGACCCCACACCAUCAUCAUCACGACAUGAUCAUGUCAUCCGAAGCGCCGGCGAAAGACGCCGUCGCUUUGGCGUUGGAAGCGCGGCUGUUGGCGUUGAAACGACGCAACUCGGCAGCCUCGUCGUCAUCACCGUCCGUGGAGGCGACCAGUGUAGUCCAGCAUCGCGAAAGGGCCUUCGACGCCCUGCGGCCGCAUGGAUCUUCACAAAGUCGCCAGUCUGGCCAUCAUCCCCCUCUUCCCCAUCAUCACCAAGCGCACCACUUGGCUCACUUUGCACCGCCGCCACUGACAUCCGCCGCCUACCCCUCGGCGCCGCAACCUCGAGCGAUGUCCAAGUACCCUUCGCUCGGGGGAUCGGACGUUCGCCCGUCGUGGCUGUCGACGGUUGACGACGGACAACACGAGCACCGUCGGUCCAUCCAAAGCAAGACGCAGUUCAUCCGGGACGAAGUGCGACACAUGGCGAUUCCGUCGUCGCUGGUGGCCGAGUUCACGCGCCUAGCAGCAUCCAACACGAGUCGCCUGCCGUAUGGCGUAGAAACGUGCGGCAUCCUCGCGGGCUCGCUGAAAGACCAAAGACUGUCCAUCACGACAUUGAUCAUUCCAAAGCAAGAGGGGUCGUCCGACACGUGCAUCAUGACACACGAAGAAGACCUGUUUGAGUAUUGCAUCCAGCACGAUUUGCUCACGUUAGGGUGGAUCCAUACACAUCCAUCGCAAACGUGUUUCUUGUCGUCCGUGGACAUCCACACGCAAUGUGGCUUCCAGAGCAUGUUGUCCGAGGCGAUUGCGAUUGUCGUGGCGCCGCGCGACCCCGUGAAAAACGUCGGCGUCUUUCGGUUGACGACGCCCCACGGCAUGGAGCUGAUCCAGAACUGCACCCUCUCGGGGUUCCAUGAGCACCCGUCUAACGUCGAAAUCUACUCGGACGCGAUGCAGCUCACGUGGGACGCGUCUCGGCAUGCCGCCCUCGUGGACAUGCGGAGUACUCGAGUGUGAAGAUAACGUCACCCUCGAUUGAUAACGUCAUCUGAACGUCAUCGGUCAGCAUAUAGCCCAAUGCUACAGCACUACAUCGGCCAUAACUACACACACGUGUAGUACAGUGUGUAAAGCUCAUAAAUACAAAGUCGAGAGUGUUUGACUUUUCG